CUCCUCCACACUACAAACAAAGCUCUAGCUAGCACGAGAAACAAGCAGCAGCAUCCAUGGCGUCCCCGGCAGCUUCCUCAGUGCUCAGCCUGCUCCUCCUGGCCGCUUUCGUGGGCACCGCAAGAGCGGCGACAUUCACCAUCACCAACAACUGCGGCUCGACGGUGUGGCCGGCGGCGACCCCAGUGGGCGGCGGCACGCAGCUGGACCCGGGGCAGACAUGGACCAUCAACGUGCCCGCCGGCACCAGCUCCGGCCGUGUCUGGGGCCGCACGGGGUGCUCCUUCAACGGCGGCAGCGGGAGCUGCCAGACGGGCGACUGCGGCGGCGCGCUCUCCUGCACGCUCUCCGGUCAGCCUCCCAUGACGCUGGCCGAGUUCACCAUCGGCGGCAGCCAGGACUUCUACGACAUCUCGGUCAUCGACGGCUACAACCUCGCCAUGCGAUUCUCCUGCAGCACCGGCGUGACGCUCAACUGCGGCGGGUCUAGCUGCCCCGACGCAUACCUGUUUCCCAGCGACAACACCAAGACGCAUGCCUGCAACGGCAACAGCAACUACCAGGUCACCUUCUGCCCUUGAUCGAGGAGGCAGCAGUGGUCCAACGAUGCAAACAUGCAUAAGAGAGAUGCUGCAUCCGUAUUAUGAAUUAAAGUAGAUGAAUAAGACAGUUUCAAAAAACAAUGUUGAAUAAGAAGAUGGCGUGAAGAGUCGUUCACGCAUAUAUAUUUCUAAAUUUUGAUUGUUACUUUCAAAACAUGCAAUGGUUGAUGCAUGGUUGUGUUUCAACACUCAUAUGACAUGCUUGACAUUUUUAUU